GUCUCUCAUCACUUUUCAUUCUCCCGGGAUCAAGCCGCUCUUCGUCUCUUGUGGCACGGAGGCUCCGAUGCCUAGCUCAACAUUGUUGCUGCGAAGCUGGCUUCGCGGCUCCUCACUUUUCCACAAUCCACUGCUCAAUUGGGGCUGCCUUCGGCCAUUGUUUUCCAGCUCCUUCUAUCGGCGAUGGGAUUGUGGUCUCAAUCCGCGAUAAAUGUUCUCUACUUGAGACACAAGCGGAUGGUGAAUCCAGAGACAACAGCGAAUCAACCCUGGCACACGACUCAGCUUCACGAAGUUAUUGGAGGGCUUCUGGGAUCUAAAUGGAUGAUUGUUUCCCUCGUGUUCAACAUUGUCACACUCUUCUAUGUUUCGUCGGCUCAACUUAUAGCAUGUAGCAAUGUGGCAUACACCGUGAAUGACAACUUGGACAAGAGAACCUGGACGUUUGUGUUUGGGGCAAUCUUCUCACUGCCAAUUCUUUUCCCGAGCGCUCACAACUACAGAGUUUGGUCGUUCCUGGGAGUGGUCACUAUUAUCUUUGACUCUGCUUACAUGACAAUAGCAACGCUGUUUGACAGAAAGGCCGGAAACGUCCGUCAUUCGUCACCACGAAGCUCCCAGGAAUAUUUUACUGGUUUGGUCGGGAUGCUGAUCCUCGGAAACGUUCCCAUCCCUGUGGAGAUCAUGGAUGCAAUGUGGAAGCCUGACGAGUACCAGGCAGCAAAUCUCUACGGGAUGGCUUGCAUUUUGGUGGUGGUCAUGCUUCCAAGCAUCAGCAUGGAACGCAAAUUUGGAGACAAGCUUCUCGCCACACCAAACGCGAUGUUGCUACUCCCAAGAUCAAAGUUUCACAACAGUGCCAGCGUCCUCAUCCUCCUUCAUGUGGUUAGUAUACCAUGGAUCCAUAUGAGCUCUAAGUUCUACAUCUUCUCUGAUCGAUCGAGAGAAAUCCAAUUCAUCAGGUUAUCAACUUUGGCAUGUACUCCCUUGCACUCUAUGCGACGUGGGAGAAGAUAGUGUGCAUCCAGUGUGGAGACACCACGUCAGCAAAGAAGAUAAGUCAUUCAUCCAAGACACCAACCGCCAAGUGUCACACCUAUACCAUUAUAUACAUAACUAUACCAAAGCAAUGAA